CCUGGCAAAUAGAAUUAAGGGGAUAAUGCCUUUGAUAAUUAGUAGUUCCCAGUCUGCUUUUAUUAAGGGGAGGAGUAUCAUGGAUAAUAUACUGAUGGCUCAGGAACUGGUGAGUGGGUAUAAUAGGCGAUUACUUUCAUCUCAAUGUGCAAUUAAAGUUUAUAUAAUGAAGGCAUUUGACUCUGUGAGUUGGAGAUACCUAUUUUUCAUGAUGUAUGCCAUGGGAUUCCCUGUUACAAUUUUAAAGUGGAUUAAAAGUUGUUUGCAAACUGCCCACUACAGCAUCAAUGUGAAUGGAAGCCUUUGUGGGUUCUUCAGAUCCAGGAAAGGUGUGUGUCAGGGUGAUCCAUUGUCACCUUACCUUUUUACCAUUGCGAUGGAGGGGUUGUCUACAAUGUUAACUGAGGCAGGCCAAUCAGGGGUUCUCCCAUUCCAUCUAAAGUGUAAGAGAGUAGCACUGAACCACUUAUGCUUUGCUGACGAUUUGCUUAUAUUCACUAGGGGGUCUGCUCAGGCAAUAAUGCAGGCUAAAGGGAUUCUCCAGCGUUUCUAUCAUAUCUCAGGGCUUAACAGCAAUCCUGCCAAGUGUGAAAUCUAUUUUGGUGGGGAUUCAAUUCUCUACAAGCACAAUGCUUUGGCUCUUACAGGGUUUCAGGAAGGGAAUCUGCCAGUCCAUUACCGGGGUUUGCCAUUGCUGUCUGGCAAAUUAUCUUCAGUGGAAAUUGAUAGUCUGGUUGAAAAAAUUAAAAAAAGGAUCAGGUCUUGGCGGUCCAAGAAGCUCUCAUAUGUAGGAAGAUUGCAACUGCUUAACUCUGUAAUCCUGGGGGCGGUGCAAUUCUGGAUGUAGAUGUUCAUUCUGUCAAAGCAAGCUCUCAAGAUAAUACCAAAAGUUUGUUCUUAGUUUCUCUGGCAUGGACUGGAAGAAGGAAAGGCAAAAGUGGGGUGGGAGCAGGUAACCCUCCCUAAGCGAGAAGGGGGACUAGGGAUCAAAGAUUUGGUUGCUUGGAAUCAGGCUUGCACUAUAAGAAUGCUCUGGUUGUUUUUGAUGAAUUCAGGGGGUGUUAUGGGUGGCCUGGAUGAAGGAAUAUAAAUGUAGGCAAUGUGAUCUGUGGUCAUUAAGAGUGCAGUAUAGUAGCUCAUGGGCUUGGAGAAGACUUCUCAUGCUUAGGACUGUGGUUCUCCCCUGGAUACAUAUGCAUAAUGAUAUAGUCUAUUGGGAUUCAAAAGAUAUGGAUACUUACUCAAUCCGUUGAGACUGGGAAACUUUGAGGAGCAGGGCUCCUAAAGUCGUGUGGUACGAGCUGGUAUGGAAUAGUAGCUGCCCUCCUCGUUACAACAUGCUUGCUUGGUUAAUAAUGAAGAACGCAAUAGUCACAAGGGAUAAACUACAAAAAUGGGGGAAGAUCAGGACAGCUGAAUGUCCGCUCUGUGGCCAAGGAGUGGAGAGCAGAGAUCAUCUCUUCACUCAGUGCACUUUUGCAAGGGAUCUUGCUGCUAAGAUAAGGUGUAAUCUGUUGUUGCAUCAAGAUUGGGAUACUAUGAUACACUCUCUGACUUCUGUAGUAUGAGCAAGAACAGGGGAAUGGCAAGCUCUUGUUUGGUGUCUCUUAGUGGCGUUUAUUUGGAAGGAAAGGUGCGGGGUAGUCCAUGGCGCUUCAAGGCGCACACCAAGGCAAGUUGCAGGUCUAAUCAAGCAGGACAUAACGUUCCUUACUUAUGGGAAUAGAGGGAUCCGAGAUACUUUAGUUGGGUUGGGAUACUUAUAGUUUUCUGCUUUUGCUGUUUGUUCCUUUGUCGUAGUACAGAUUGCAGAUAGGUUGUGAGGUGUUUUUUCCGUUGGAGACUUUGGGAUGAUUAUCCCGCUUUUGUUGUAUUGGUUUCUUGCAUAAAUAAAGCGACUGAUUCAAUGGAAAAAAAAUAUUUCGUUGCUAAAAAUUAUCGACAAAUUACUUCAGCGACGAAAUCACCAUCUGCGACGCAAUUGUCCGUCGCCAAACAAACUUUUUGCAACGACAUUCUUCCGUCGCAACAAACUGCGACGACUAUUCUCGUUGCGGAAAGAUGUUAUUGGUGACGAAGUGUUUCGUCGCCGCCUUCUGCGACGAACGUGUACUUUUGGCGACGACAACAUAUUUUUCGUCGCUGAUCCUUUAGGCGACGCGGUAUAGGCGACAGAGGAUUGAUUCCUUCCGCGAUGAUAUUUUCAUCGCCAAAGAUAUUUUGCGACGAAUUUUGUGGUUUUUGCGACGAAAGCUUCUGUUACUAAAAACCUUGUUUCUUGUAGUGUAUUAUUAUUUACUCGUAAAGAUGAAUGAAUGAGCGAAAAAACCAAUAAAUGAAUCUGUGAAGAUCGAAUCAGAUUCCUUAAUUUACAACAAUGCCUUGAUAUUAUAGUUAGGCUUACAUAAACGUUCAUGUAAGGCUAACUAUUUUCUGAGGGGAAAAUAGUUAGCCUAACAUCAACGAUUAGGUAAAAGGGAAGUUAACUCUGUCUAUCAAACCGCUCUUUGUUGGAUUAUCAGGGGACAUGUAACAUGCGCCCCCUAUCAUUGACAUCUUUAAUUCGUGCUUUCUUUUUCCCACAAGAAUAAUUAUCCAAAUGCCCAUAGUUGUAAUUCUAAUUUCUACACACGAAAUUCCUCCGAGUAAUUAAGCGUCCUAGGGUUUUUGGGAUUUUGGAGUGGGCUUCAAGGCAUAAUCAUAAUCAUUGGAAGAGUAAUAGUCUCCUAUAAAGUUAUAACUAGGGC